UUGAAUUUUCCUCAACUAACCACUUGCAGUUUGCUAAAUUCUGAAAAACAAGAUUUAUUUUAAAAACCUGCAGCAUCAAUUAAAGAAAAACAACUAUGAGCGCCAUUUCAACUACAAGCAUGGAAAUUCAAUAUGCAACUGAAGGAGAUUAUAAGUUAAAACAGUUGGCAAUUGGAAGAGAGAAAAGAGUAGUAGUGAAGUACUUCGGGGAUUACGAGUAUGUGCACAUCUAUGACAACAGAAAAGAUGCCAAAUUUAAAGGUAUAACGCUAGGGAUUGAUGAAUUCAGCAUGUUACAGAACAUCGUACAGUGGAUGGGAAAAGCAGACGACUUUUUCAAGAAGCCUUUACCAAAGGAAGAGUUUAAAAGGGCUGGCGUCAUGACAAUAGAGUCGGUCACUGUAGAUCUUUUUCAACCAAAGGUCAAGGGAUCUUCAGAAAACGUUUCGAGUGAAGAGAAGGAAAAAUCAGAAAACGUUAUCAUUCCGAGCAAAGAUGUUGUGCAACAGGAACAAUUACAACAGACACAGGAUGUUCUGGGAAAAGGUGAAGACCAGGAAGAUUACCAGUCGCUUCUGGACACCCUACAGAGUCUGGAAUUUCAGCCCAAACCCGUGGAAGAACCGCAAAGCCUUUCACCCAAACCAGUAGAAGUUCUGCAAAACUCUUCAACUUCCACAUCACAAUCCUCCUCAUCACCUAAACCAGUGGAGAUUCUGCAAAACAAUUCAACCUCUACAUUACAGACCUCCACAUCACCCAAACCGGUAGAGGUUCUGGAGAACCCUUCAACCUCCGCGUCGAUAGCUACAAAAGAAUGUGUGUCGACUUCUCCAAUAUAUGAGCCUUUAGUAGAACCGAUCACGCCAGUAAAGGUGAAAAAUGACCUUAAAAUGAAAAACCCGGGAUUCAAGAGACAUCGCUUGUUCCCAUAUCCUUCACUACCACCAUAUAAGUACUGA